AUGCUAUCUGAUGCCCCCUUGGACUGCAUUCCGACCGAAGUGAUUGUGUCAAUUUUCACUGCCCUUCCCUCAUUCUCGGAUGUAGCAUGGUUCGCGGCCACUGGACGACGCUAUCACCGAGUGUGGAACAACUAUGCUUACCUGAUCUAUCAGCAAAUCGCCCCCCGGACAAUACCCUGUCGCCGACAUGCGCGCGUUCUGUUGGCUGAUCAAGGGGGCCCCCAUGCAAGUGUCACGAACUUAUCCUUCCCACAUGUUCUCCAGUUGAUCCGGAAUGCCGCUAUCCUGGAUCGAUCAGCGAAGGACUUUAACAAGCAUCAUCGACAGCGCGUCUACGGUACAGAUCCCGUUACCUUCCAACUUCCUCCAUUUCCACCAAACCGCCCCCAUCUGUCUCCCACCGAACGCCCCCGUUUUAUUCGCGGUCUGUACCAGCUAUGGGGUUUGGUGCUUCAAGAUAACCCGGAGAAAAGGAAGCAGCGUAUCCACGAAAUAAAGCUCAAGGAUCUGUUAGUUGUCCGCGACCUAAUCCUGGGAAACGUGGUGCGUAUCCCAGCACCUAUUUUUCUCGAUAUGGAGAGCCCUGGCCUGGCCUUUGAGCUAGUAUAUCUAGACAUGUUGCCGAGGCUAGAACAACUUCUGGAUGAGCUAUACGGAGAACCCAUCGGUUGCUUGUUCCAGCCGUUUUCAGAUGGCCUUAUGGGGCAUAUGAGCAUCUGGGAUUCGUAUUAUAACGAGUUUAAGAGUAUGAUGCUCAAGGGGUUCCAGCACAAAUACCCCAGCCCGAACCCACAGACGGUGUGGGAUGAUACCGACGACGAGGACUGGGUAAAGUGA